AUGAAUCUCCAUAAAGAUUGUCUCUAUCACCCGUAUGUUAUCAGAAUCUCUCGUCACCACCACCGUAUCUACUUCGCCUCCUAUCUUCCUUGCGGAGAAUGGUCCUGCGGAGUGUGUCGUCGAAAGGUCGACAACAAUUAUGGUGCCUACUAUUGCAACAAGUGUGAUGGUUAUUUUGUUCAUACAAAAUACGCAUUGGGAAAAGACUUAUGGGAUGGGAAAGAACUAGAUGGAAUACCUGAAGAACCUGAGAUAGUUGUUGAGCUAUUUGAGAGGAUAAGUGAUGGAAUAAUACUCCAUUUUACGCAUGACCAUCAUCUGAAACUCGAGAUCUGUGGAGCUUACGAUGAAGGAAAGUUAUGUCAAGCGUGCAACCUUCCAAUCUAG